GACUGGUGCGUUUCUCGGAAAAUUAUCGAUUUUUCCUCCCGGCGUGCGACGUGCAACGAGACCGUGUAUCGACUGCAAAUUUGGCAUCGUUUCAUCGCAUCAUCUUCCGGCCAACGGAUAGCGGUUGCGAAACGGUUCGGCUGCCGCGAUAUAACACUUGCGCUGUCCCGCUGCACACACACACACACAGGCCCUGCGUUCCGUUGUUUGAUUCUUUCGCAGAAGGUAAGAACCGACGUCCAUGGGCCAGGCAAAACUACCAUUACUCUCUGUGCUAUAGUCCAUUUCUUUUGGCCGUAGUAUUUACCGAUAAAAGAAAAAAAAAACCCAAUGCCAAAAUCUCCAACGCAUUGGGACUAAUUCUUUCAAGUAAACAACGGGACACGCACAAACAAAGGCGGCGCGUUCCGUCCGGCGGUUCCCGUUCCAACGUUUUGCAAAGGUGUCCAACACCCGGAACGACCAACGGAAGCACGGAAGAGUGCAGAAAUUAUUAAGCGUUCGUCCCGGUACGGAAACAUGAUGAUCGCAUACGAGUGAAUGUUGAUAUACAGUUUUCUUUACCCCAUCGCCAUUGCUCAUCAACACGGUGACGCCGCCAGCCAGCAGCGCCGAGAAACAAGAUGGUGGUGUGACCUUUGCGUAUGUACAAUCAAGCAAAGCAAAAAAGCGAAGUUUGCAGUUGAGUGAAAAUGUAUAGCAUUCUCGGCUACUCUCGUCGGGAAUGAUUAGUUCGGGUUCGGUUCACGUGUAACUGUAUGAAAAAUGCGUAAAAUGUCCAUUGCGAAAAACUGCUGUGCGCUCAUUGUUAGUCGUUUGCCAAAUUGGCAUAGUUCGAUCGGUGGUUGUUGCUGUUCUAGUAGUAUUUGCAACGAUCGCAGUAGGGCAAUGUUCGGGAGGUUCCGGCGCCGGAACAAUCCGGAAAGUGGUGGUGUCACCUAAAAGUCCCUGUGGGUGGUGUAUCGUUUGGUUCCAAAACAAGUGAAGUAAACCAGUUAGUUCCAAGUUAGCGAAAGUAUAAGUACGGUCUAACACCAAAACAAGCGUAAAACAUAGUCGUCGUUUCUGUCCGGUAUGACGGGACGUGUACAUGAAAAACCACAAAAAAACUGUCGAAAAGUAAAACAAGUUGUAAUUUUACCUUCUUAACCGGUGUGGGCAAAAUCAUUGUUAGCCCAAUUUGUUUCGUGUGUUUAAAAAGAAAAAAGCAAGUCUCUUGUGUUCAGUUUAAACUUUCGAAUCUUCUUCCCCUCCCGGUAUAUUUAAGGUAAGAGAAAACAGCAAACGAGCCAUCCAGUGAUGUGAUUUUUUACAGAACCCAGAUCACAUUUGUUGCAUUCUUUCUCCAGUGUGUGCGAGUGAGUGAGUGUGUGUGUGCGCGCGCGUUUGUCUGUAUGUAUGGAUGUGUGUAAACAAUUCUUGAUCGAGUGGCCGAUCUAAGAUGAGGAAUGGAUGUGUGGAUAGUGUGGUAGGGAGAGAAAGACAAGGGAAAAGAACAGACAUAGUUGAGGGUUGGAGCGAAUGCUUCCGGUUCCGAUGAGGUUACCGAUGCUGUAAGUAUACCUUACCCCUCGUCAAACAUGGACAAGAUGAUGGUAACCUUAGGAACGGCAACAGCAAACUCGAUACAAAAGAAACGUUUUCUGACAUUCGCGGUGUAAAGCUCAGACGAAUAGCAGUGUUCUUGCGCGAAUGAAACAGUGGGAUGCGAAACAAAUGUCUUGUUUUUUCAUAAUGACAAAAAGAUUAAUUCACUUCUUUCACUUGCAGCUGUGUUCAUCCACGAUCCACCAAGGAACCAAGGAACAUAAACACGCGCACACAUAGGACUAUCGCCCAGCAACGGUAAUGGACAGCGAUGAUUCGAGACCGGGCUCGUCGGCUUCGAACAGCUCGGAUUCCGAGCAGAUCGCUAGUCCUGCCGCCAAGGAGCAGGAAGCUGAGCAUUCAGAUGAUUCCGGUUCACUUUCGCGUUCACCAUCGCCCGCUUCUCUCGGAGGCGAUAGAAUCGACAACGAUGGAGAGGACGGUGUGCGCGAAACCGGUCGACAGUCUCGGUCGCGAUCGCGCUCCCAGUCACGUUCCAAUUCACCCGGCAGCUUGAAUUACGACGCCGGCAAACAGGAUUCAUUGUCCAGCCCGCCGAAAACGUUCGAUGCGGUUCAUUCUCCCGCUGGUCUUUCUCCGAACUAUAAUCCCCGAUCGCAUCCUUCCUCGCCGGGGAUGUAUGCCGGCGCCCGUAGUCCAAGCGCUAAAUCACUUUCGCCGGAUGGUGGCAGCAGCCAGCAUCAUGCCGAUCGGUACGAUCGAUCACGGUCGCUCUCGAAGGAAUCGAAUCAUUCGGACAACAGCUCGAGCAAAACCGGUAGCCACCAUCGGCGCGGUAGCCUUAGCAGUUCGAAUCGCCAGCGCCGGUCACUGUCCCGCAAUUCGAGCACAUCGAACCUGAGCGAAAAAUUAAAAGGCGAAGAAAUUUCCGACUGUGAAAUGGAAUCGGAUCGUGAAGAUAAAGCACCCGCUUCGCCAGACGCCCUGGAACACCGGCCGGAUGGGACGGGAACUGCCGGUACCGGCCCGGCAGCCAAGAAUAAUGCACUCAACAUGAGCCACGAAGAUUUGAGCGACGUAAGCCUCGAGAGUGACAACGAACCCGAACCGGAGGAGGAGGAUGAUCGGGAGAGUGAGGUGGAAAGCGUAAAACGGCACGGACGUGACGGUGCGCUUGACGAGGACGAAGAAGAGGAAGAUGAUGAACACAGCCGCGAACCGGCAGUCUCCAACGCGUCGGCGUUGGAGCGAGAUGACAGCGAAACGGGUGAACUGGAGCGACCGAAAAUUACCGACCUACGUCAGAAGCUCGAAGAGCGAAAGACUCGUAACAUGGAGGUAGAAAAGCACACAAUUAACGGUGGAUCGAACGGAGCCGGGCUGCGGAAUCACGAUAAACUACUCGACGGUAACCUGAUGGACAGUAAGAACGACGAAGAUGCGCUCGAUUUCGAGGCGGAAGAGGGCGAAUGUAACGAGGCACCGAAGGAAACGGAAAAGGCGGACGAUGCACAGGAGAAGGCUAAAAAGGAGGAGCCCAAGUCGGGCAAGGACGGUUCGGCGGGUGAUGAUGAUGAGCUGGAGGAAGGGGAAGAGCUAGAGGAAGGAGAGGUAACGGAUGAGGAUGAGAAGCGACCGGAAGAAUCGGAACCGAAACCGAUCUGUCGGUUCUAUACGCGCGGCCAGUGCACCUGGGGCAUGAGCUGCCGCUUUCUGCACCCGGGCGUGACCGAUAAGGGUAACUACACGAUGUUCGACAUGGUGCGUCCCGUGCCGGUAACGCACGCACCACCCGGAUACAGUGCGCAUCCGGCACCGUUGUAUGCCUCCGACUAUCGGCACGAACGGGCCGCGGCUUUGCAUCAUCUGGCGGCGUCACAUCAUCCGGUUGCGGUGGUAGCACCGUACCCAGCAACGGUAGGUUUGGCACCACUAUCGCGUCCCGUCGAGCAAGGCGGAGCUGCCGAGAGCGCCUGGGAGCGCGGUUUGCGCAACGCAAAGGAAAUGAUGCGCAAGGCAAACAAACGCAAAGAGCAGGAUAUUGAUUUUGAUGAUAAAAAGAUGAACCUUUCCCUAUCACAGGAUGAGCUCGAGAAGGAUAACUACUACACGCGCGAUCGAGCAUCUCCUCCGCCAUCUCCACCGUACGCUGGACGGCCACCCGCAGCAGUUCCGCCCGGUUAUGAUUAUCCAGCGCCGGCCUCAAAGUUCCCCCGCGGUGGUGGCGGUAUUCCUCCAUUCGAAGAGGAUGCGUUUGGACGUACACACCGCUAUCGGGAGCUACCGUCGCACCGUAUGCCACAGUACGAGGAUGAGGAUCUUUCGAAGCGACGCCAUCCGCGAGUUACCCGCGAAGUGAUCUUGCAGCGAGCGGACGAUUGGAACGAUCCCUGGAUGCGUUCGAAGUCGCCCGGUCGGGAUAAGCGCGGUGCUCGGCGUGGCGGUGAACGGCGUAGCUAUAGCCACAGCUCCUCUUACAGCAGCUCCAGCAGUAGCUCCCGUUCCGGGUCGAGUUCGGAUUCGAGUCGUUCCCCCAGUCCGACCACGAACAGGCGCAACCGCUACGAUAGCCAUCGGUCAAAAGAUAGCGAACGUCAUGCGGGCAACACGCAUGUGCGUAAGAUGAUACGCACCCAUUCACCAAGCGUUAGUCCACGACGUGGUCGCAAAGGAUCUCCCGUACCGAUCAAGCGAAUGGACAAACGCGUUCCAUCGCCAGCAGUGGAGAAGCGUAUGGUAGAGAAAGUGGUGGCAACAAAGCGAAAAAUGUCACCUCCGAUGCACAAAGCAGCCGCAACAAAACAUCGACGCGCGUCGAGCUCAUCCGGCUCUGGUUCGUCCGAUUCGAGUGAUUCCGGUUCGGAAAGUUCGUACUCCUCCAGCUCAUCGAGUUCGUCCCGAGGCAAGGGAAGACCAGCGAAGGUUCGGGCGUCCGAAAAGUCCACCAAGUCAUCGGGCAUGGGAAAGAAGGAUUCAAAGAAGACCAGCGAUGGCAAGGGUGGAGCACAGGUUAUUCCACCGUCGAGUGCGGCGAUGGAGAAGGCGAAUGCGGCUGCAUCGAAGAAAUCAUCACGCCGGGAAGAGCUGCUCAAGCAGCUGCGUGCCGUAGAGGAAGCGAUCGCUCGAAAGCGCACCAAAAUAUCUUAAAUCCCUUUGCCCCCCCGCAAACGCACUCACACAAAACCUUUAUUUCUCCGUUUCAUCGCCACAAUCAUCCACUCUCCUCCGUACAUCAUCGACUGGGCAUAAUGUACACUGAUGCUUAAUGACAAACGAUCGCUUUGGGUAACGCAGAAAAACACAGUUGCACUGAAAUAAGAACACACAUACACACCCCAAACCCAUUCCAGUAUAUGACGAAGAUUAACGUGGGGGAUCAUUUUUUUUUCUUACGCUCCGGAUCGAUGAACCGGACACCGCUAGAGGACACACUAUCACUAUCCCCUCCCUCUGCACCUCCCCCCACAGAAACUGAAGGAAAGGAUCUAGUUUAGAGUUAAGCAUUGAGACAAACAGGAACUUUUUGUUUUUAUUCAACAAUUUAUCGUUUUGUUUCGUUUCGGACAUCCUACUCAAUUUCUGCCGCAAUGACGGAGAGCAGGAUGUUCACCAUGUAAGCAAAAUGUGUGUCGAUUUAAGUGUAAUAAAAUAAAUGAUGAAUGAAACUAUU